GAGACAUCUUUCGUCACUAAUAACAAGGCUUGUGGGAGUGAGAUCGCCGAGUUAAGCGAUAACGUCGUCAAACUACACGGUUGCGUAAGGCCGUAUGAUUACUUGUUUUAUAAACCCACCUGACCAUUCUGUUGAUGCAAUAGUAAUUGACUACACGGGGUCGCAACUACAAAUACAGCUUUGUCUGGUAUUAGGGACUCAAGUUUGUACCCGAAUUACCCUUGAAAACUCACUAUGUACUUGAGGGCAAGUCUGUUGGAAUCUAGAUACACAGCCUUAUUGUGCAGGAAAUGAUGUUUCUGCUGAUGAAUCAUACAUCAUCAUGGAUCUACCUCCACAUUCUCCUUUCACCUUAGAUACACCAUACUCUGAAAGGUCGCCACCUCUCAAUGAAGAGAAAUUCCUCACCAUGUUUGACAGUGAUGGGCGUCUUGUGCAAGAACGGCAGCUGAGGAAGGCAGUUUUUCUUGGUGGAAUCCAACCGUCUCUCAGGAAAUCUGUGUGGCCAUUUCUGUUUGGAAUGUAUCCAUGUCAGUCAACUAAAAGAGAACGAGAAAUAAUUAAGUUGGAGUAUGUAAUAAAGUACCAUGAAAUGAAGGCCCACUGUCUCCACGUCCUCAACAAAUUGGAGGCUGCUGCUGCUAAAGCAAAUACAGGGGAUCAGGAUAUUGAUGACAAUAUUAUGUCAGAGGAAUUUUAUAAUGAAGACAAUAGUCCAAAUUUAAAUUUAGUAAAGUCGCCGUCGUCUGGAGAUGAGACCAGUUGGAUUACUGUCAAUAUGGAUUCAUCAGUUAAUUCAAAUGAAACUGUGCGAUCAAUUUCAAAAACCCCAUCUCAAAGUAGUCUUUCAGAAGAAAUUUUUACAGAUACCAGUAAAUUUUAUAGCUCUUGUACAGUAUGUGGGCAGCCAUUGGACAGUGUAGAGAAAAUGUCUUCCUUUGAAGAUACAUGUUCCGGUAAAGAAAGUUCUGUUGAGCAUUUUUGUACUUGUUUUCAUUCCUUGUCUUCUGAAGUUGUGAGUCCUACCAAAGUAGCACAACUGCAAUUAAAUGGUGUUAGCUCUUUGAGCCCACCUCUAAAAACUCAUUUGUUCCAUCCUGAACAUUCUGGACACAAAAAAAUUAGUGAUGUAAUGGAGUAUUCUCUAAUGGUUAAUCAAUUUGGUAAUGGAAAUUUGUCUCAGUUAGGAGGAACGCAGAGUUCUUCAAAAGACAGUGAAUUAAAUUUGGAAGAUAUUGCUGCUGCUGUGGCAGAGGCUGAAGCCAAAAGAUUUCAAACUAAUGUCUUUAAAUCGGAUCUUAUCAGUUCUGGUCUCUCUCUUGAUUGGAAUUCACCAGAUGUACAAAAGCAGAUCAACUUCAUUGAUUUUCAAGCACAGAUCUAUGCCAAAAAGCAAAAAGUACAACGAAAGAAAUUUUGGGGGGACAUGAGGAUUAUAAAGCGUGAUGUGCCUCGGACUGACCGUAACCAUGAACUUUUUCGGUAAUUAUCCUCUUUCUUUUUGACUGGAAUUUCAUUGGUGAUGUUU